AUGGUUUGUGGCGAGGGAAAAAUUGAAUCAGCCAGCAGCCCAAGUUUAGCUGAUCCAAAAAGAAAGCUCGCACCACGUGUCAUCUUUUCAUCCCUCUCUCCCUCCGCCGGAAUCGCAUUUGUUCCGGACCUCCGAUCAAUACCAGAUUUCAAAGAAGUCCGCCAUAAUUCUCGGAUCAACCAGCUUUCCCCUUCAAGAACCACUCAUGUCUCCAUUCCCCUUUCCACUCCUCGUUAUCUUAGAACCAAUCGAGAAAGGAUGAGGAAGAGCUCCACCUCGAUGCGGAUGUUGUGGUGGGUGGCGCGGUGCGUCGCACUCCUCCUCCUCACCCCCGCCGCUGCGGUAGCGGGAGAGGUCAUUAACCUCGCCCAAGGUGAAACGUACGGCUACAACAAAAUCUACGACAUCACCAGCAAGAUCGCCGGUCGCCUGACAAUUUGGGACAAUAAAGAUGGCUUGGCAGAAGAGAAGUUGCGAUUCAUCGACACCAAUGGCGAAAUGGUGUACAGAUUCUCCACUCACCUGGGGACCCACUCCGAUGCCCCCGCUCAUGUAUUUACGAACAUGUCGACCUACGAUGCCAACUCACUUAAUCUCGAAACUCUCAACGGUCUGGCUUUGGUGAUGGAUGCUCCUAGGAACAAGAACUUAACUGCUGAAGUUCUGAAGUCCAUGAACAUUCCUAAAGGAGUCAAACGCCUGCUUAUAAGGACCGAGAACACUCACAGGAGUCUGAUGCUUCAAAUAGCUUUCGCAUAUGACUAUGUUGGACUCAAAACGGAUGGGGCAGAGUGGUUGGUGGAAAAUACUGAUAUCAAACUUAUUGGAAUGGAUUAUCUGUCUGUUUCUGUAGAUGCAGAUGGAGAGCAGGUUCAUCAGAUUUUGUUGAAAACAGGGAAUUUGAUUCCUGUGGAGGGCUUGGUACUUAAUGAUGUUAGUCCAGGAGAAUACAUGCUUCAUUGCGCGCCUUUAAGGAUCCCUUUGGCCGAUGGAUCACCCUCAAGAUGCAUCCUUAUGCAGUGA